AUGCGCCACCCGCCCCGAGAUCUUUGUCAGUUGCGUACUGUAAAUGAACUGAAAAGUUUGUUGUUUCAGGUUCAGCGAGAUCUAAAUGUCGCUGUUGCUGAAUUUACUGAAUUGAAGCAGCAGUUGGAGCGAGACACGCUGGUUCUCAGUAUUCUGAAAAAGCUACAGGAGUUUGAUACAGCUAUUAAAGAGUACAAUACUGCAUUGCUGGAAAAGAAGUAUGUGGCAGCAGCUCAACAACUGGAAAAGGCACGAAGCAGCCUGAACAUGCUGGAAUCCCGCAAGGGCUUUGAGCUGAAGAUCCUCAAAGCACUAGGCACAGAGCUCACAGUGCAGACGCAGAACAUGCUCUAUCAUCUAGGAGAAGAAUGGCAGAAACUGGCUGUAUGGAAGCUUCCUCCUUCAAAAGAAAGCAGCAGCCUGGAGUCAGCGAUGCAUUCGGAACUGCACUUACGCACAGUGCCAUCGAAAGAGGAGGAGAUUGCUGGCCCACCUGUCGCUUCUGUGCUGCAGGCAUUUGCUGUCCUAGGAGAACUGCACGCCAAGCUUAAAAUUUUUGGCCAGCUGUUGCUGAAAUACGUCCUCAAGCCUCUGAUUUCAUACCCGUCUCUUCAGCCGUUCACAGAGGAACAGUCAGAUGUGUUCAUCCUACGUUUUAAGUCCGAGGAGCCUAACUUGGAUCAUUUCUCUCCUAUGGAGGUUUUUGACAAGAUCAAGCUUAUUUUUGAAGUUCUCCACAAAUACCUGCUGAAUGUGCCUCUUGAGCAGCCUGCGGAAGACAAAAAGGAGUGCAGGCUCACACUCGCGGAACUGCUGGGUGAUAUGAUAUGGGAAGAGUUAUCGGACUGCCUCAUUCAGAACUGUCUGGUGAAUUCAAUCCCAACCAAUAGCAGCAAACUAGAGCAGUAUAUAGAGGUGAUUAAAUCCACCGAGGAAUUUGAAAAAGCCUUGAAGAACAUGCAGUUUUUGAAAGGAGACACGACUGAUUUACUGAAAUACGCCCGUAACGUCAAUUCCCACUUUGCUAACAAGAAGUGCCAGGAUGUGAUUGUGGCAGCCAGAAACCUGAUGACGUCAGAAAUACACAAUACUGUAAAGAUCACGCCUGAUUCCUGUGUAACCCUACCAAGGCUUCCUGAUCCUGGGGCAGGAGAUCACUUAAAAAUGCAAAAAACUUCUAAACUUCUGCCUAACGACAUGGUAAAUUUGGAGAAUGAGACUAAACUGAGCCAGUACACGUUUUCUCUGCCCACGUGCCGCAUCAGUUCAUCAGUGGAGAAACUGAUGGAGCUGGCGUACCAGACGCUGUUGGAGGCUACAGCCAGCACGGAUCAGUGCUGUAUACAGCUCUUCUACUCUGUACGGAAUAUAUUCCAGCUGUUCUAUGAUGUAGUGCCAACGUACCACAAGGAGAACCUUCAGAAAUUGCCCCAGCUGGCAGCCAUUCACCACAACAACUGCAUGUAUAUCGCUCACCACUUGCUCACCCUGGGACACCAGUUCCGAUACCGCCUGACUAACAUCCUGUGCGACGGAGCGGCUACUUUUGUAGAUCUGGUACCUGGUUUUAGGAGACUCGGGAUGGAGUGUUUUCUGGCCCAGAUGCGAGUGCAGAAAGGAGAAAUCCUGGAAAGGCUGUCAAGUGCCAGGAACUUUUCCAAUAUGGAUGACGAGGAAAAUUACUGUGCGGCAAACAAAGCAAUAAGGCAGGUAUUACAUCAGCUGAAAAGACUGGGAAAAGUCUGGCAAGAUGUCCUUCCAGUGAACAUAUACUGCAAGGCUAUGGGGACUUUACUGAACACAGCUCUCACAGAGGUUGUCACGAGGAUUGCUGCCCUAGAGGACAUCUCAGCAGAAGACGCAGAUAGGUUGUACUCCCUCUGUAGGACCAUGGUGGAGGAAGGACCCCAAGUUUUCACCCCACUACCUGAAGACGACAAAAACAAGAAAUACCAAGAGGAGGUUCCAGUCUACGUGCAGAAAUGGAUGACGUUCAAAGAGCUGAUGAUCAUCUUGCAAGCCAACCUCCAAGAAAUAGUAGAUCAGUGGGCGGAUGGGAAGGGGCCUCUCGCAGCUGAAUUCUCCGCAGCUGAAGUGAAGAGUCUCAUCCGAGCCUUGUUCCAGAACACAGAAAGGAGAGCAGCAGCACUGGCCAAAAUUAAGUAGCUCUGUUUACUCCUACAUGUUGCAUCUUCUGAUAAAGCAAGUGCAAACUGAGUCUUUCAAAUAUUUUUUGGACUUGACCCUUCUUAUUUGUACUGGUAUGAAACAGCUUAGCAUUAGGUAAGUGCUUCCUAAGGCUUGACUGAGGGAGAAGAAACACUUCCUAGCUCAAUGUUUGCAGGGCAAAGAGGAUGGCGCUGCGAGUCUGGGACCAGAAAAUCAAAGGCGGGUAACACAUGGACACUAACUGCUUAUGCUCCAUCUGCCAGGCAGAUGGAGUUCGGGCUUGAAAAUUCAGUCUCCUGCCGUGCUCCCCAGAGGCGUUCUGCCCAGAUCCAAGUUUUCCUUCGUGAGCUGGUGGGUGUACAGUCCUGGUGAAGAAGAGAUGCUUUUUGUGAUGUUUGCUGAUUUCCAUUCUCUAGGAUUUCCUCUUCCUGUUAAGCCCAGCGUAGGAAAGUAAAGCAAAUCUUGUAUCCAACAUCUCUUUGUGAGAACAGGCACUGCUGUCAGGUGGGCCUCUCACGCAAGGCGCUGUAUAAUGUCAGCUCAAGCUUGCUCGCUUAAGGGUCUUGUAGAGGGAUUUUUCUUUCUCAGUAGUGAACCUUAUCUAUGCAGUUUUACAUCAGGGGGCACGUAGCCCCUUUGUGUCUUACCUCUCUGUCCCUGCAAAUUACAUAUGAAACCCACAGACUUUGAUAGCCUUGAAGAACGCUGCAGUGCCAAACUUUGUUCUUUCCCACCUCAGGUUUCCGUGAAGAGCUGACCUCAAGAGAGUGAAAAUUUGGGGGGGUGGGGGAGAGGAGAUCCCGUUCUGAGUGAACUGUUUAUCAGGGCACAGGGUUUUGCACAAGUGGCAAAAUUCCUCAUGGCUUUAUUUCUCAUGGAAAAUAUCUUAAAACUAACUUAGAAUUUUUCAAUCUCACUUUACCAACUGUAGAAGCCAGUUCAGCUCCUUCCUUUACCCUUCUGUUGUGUGUGAACUAGGUAGGUCUGGCAUCUGUUGUGUUUCUGGUGGUAAAUUUUCUGUCCUUUAAGAAUUACGAGAGAAAUAUGAAUGAAUAUAAAAAG